UUUAAGAGUGCCAGCUCCACAAAGCUCUUGUGCAGGUACAGAAAGUUGAUCUGGGACAUGUUCAACACCUCAAACAUCACAGUGACAAUGGUUGACGACCACCAUUGUGACUCUGUCAACAUCUCUGAAUACGAUGACUGUUUGGCCUCAAAUCUCAGUAAUAGUUCAUUUUAUUAUGAUGACCCCACCAGUCACUCAACUGACUGGUGUGGACCUAGUGAUCUACAGCAGCACAUAAUCAAAAUGUUUCAGACAUGCGCUUUUUGUCUGAUAUUCUUACUGGGAGUUUUGGGAAACUGUCUAGUGAUCACCACCUUUGCUCUCUACCGCCGCCUCCGGCUUCGAUCCAUGACCGAUGUCUUUCUGUUCCACCUAGCACUGGCUGAUCUCCUCCUGCUCCUCACGCUCCCUUUGCAGGCUAUCGAUACUCACAAGGGUUGGAUUUUCCCUGUUGGCCUCUGCAAGGCUAUGCGUGCAUGCUAUGCCAUCAACACAUAUAGCGGGCUGCUGCUGCUUGCCUGCAUCAGCGUUGACCGCUACAUGGUUGUGGCACGAGCCCAAGAGAUGCUACGGCUGCGCAGUCGGAUGAUGGCGGCAGGGAAGGUUGCUGCUGUAGUUGUCUGGAUUGUUGCCUUUCUCCUAAGCCUGCCUGAAAUCCUUUUAUCUGGGGUUUCAGAGUCUGGCGAGAAAGCAUACUGCGGCAUGAAAACAAGUGGUGAUGUAAAGAUGGCCACCAAUGGAGCCAUCAUUGCGGUCGGGUGUUUAUCCCUCUUCAUCAUGAUGUUGAGCUAUACCUCGAUAGGUGUGAUUCUGUGGGAAGGCCACGUGCAUCGCCGUGGGAAGCAGUGGCAUCAUCAGCGUACCUUGAAGUUAAUGGUUGCUCUGGUGCUGGUUUUCCUGGUCUUCCAGCUGCCGUACACAGUGGUGCUGUCUCGCAAAAUAGCAGGGCAGUACUGCGGUCUGAUGAUGGAGUACAUCACCUGCACCCUGGCAUACACACGUUGUUGCCUCAACCCCAUCCUGUAUGCAAUGGUUGGCAUACGUUUUCGUAAAGACGUAAUCCAGCUCCUGCAUAAUUCCGGCUGUCCAUGUGGAUUACAUCUGAGGCUGCACAGUAUCCACUCCACAUCCAUCUCUGCCUCCUCUCCUGCUCUCACAGUACUCUCAGUUUGCUCCCCAACAUCACCUGAUUGCAGUUACUCCAGCAGCAAUAGAUGGACAUCUCUCAAGUUUCAGUUUCCAGCAAGCAAAUAAACUCAAAGUGGAAGAUAUGUGACUUUACUUUGAAUACGUCAGUUAUAAUGAAUGAACAUAAAAAUCGGCUAGAGCUUCACCCAAGUUGCGCAAACAAAUGAACCCAGAAGAAAGUAGAUCUUGUCAAUUUCUUUAAACUCCCUUCCUCUGUGUCAAAGAACUUCUUGUAAGACGAAUGUUCUCAUAAAAUGCUGAAUACUGCUAAAACAAUAAAUUAUUUAUACCUUUAUACCACUUGCAUAUUAAGCUCUAACUAAGAUAUGAAGUCUGUUCAACUUUUAGUUCUCUUGUAAAGACCCACAAGAUAUUCAAGGCCCUUUGAGAUUUGUCAAACCCAUAAUUAUUUGCAUUUUCUUUUGCUUUACUUUACGUUUUUGUAACUUAUUACCCAAUACGUACCAUAUAUUUUGAUCUACAGUGCUUGUUUUGUUCUUAUAUUAAAUACCUUUAAUUGUCUUAUUGUUAAAAGGCAA